CCCGGUACCGUCAGUCUCGCGCACGACUUCGAGGUGGGUGAACGUGUCGUUCUUGAACUGUCACUUUGAUUUUUCGACGGGUAAAAAAAUCGAUCGUAUUAGGGUAAUUUCGCCGACGCCCCCCUCUUCCCCUCUCGUCUACAUACCCAUUAUAAACGUUUAUACGAGAAAUUUGAUUAAUCGACAAGUAUCGAUAAAUAUAACCAUAAAUCUUUCGUGAUACAUGAUUAACGCGAUAUAUACACGCGAAUUUGAGUGUGCGUAUUAUUAGUGAAUACAUUUUAGUUUAUUUUCUUUUCUUCUUCUUCUUCUUCUUCUUCUUCUUCUUCUUCUGUGUUCAUUGUUUAAAUCGAUCGUUUGGAGCAUAGUAUUUUCGAUUGAAUUUAUUAUGUUACUACCGAACGCAUGUGCAAUCGUCACAUUAUUUUGACCGAAGGAGAAUUCGUGCACGAGAACGGAACGAAAGCUGCAAAAUGUUACCACAGACUCCUGACAUCAUUCCCACCACUCUUAAUCAGCAAAAAUGCGUCAAAGCACGUGCAUUGUACGACAACAUAGCUGAAGCACCGGACGAGUUGGCUUUUAGAAAAGGUGAUGUUCUCACUGUGUUGGAACAGAACACUGCUGGUCUCGAAGGCUGGUGGUUGUGCGUUCUACGUGGCAGACAGGGAAUUUGUCCAGGAAAUCGAUUAAGAAUUUUGGCUGGGCAAUAUGAUACUGGAGGUUGUUUGCUAGGUAGCAGAGCUGAUUUGAAUAUUUCCGAAGACGGUCUACAGAGGCACGGAAAACGCCGUAGCUGGCACGUACAACCAAAUAGGGUCGUGACACCACAAAAGUGUGGCGACGUGUACCUGUACGAUUUACCAGCGAGUCGCGGAAGUCCUGCACCACCAUCCAGACACGAUUCACCCCUCAAUUCGAACAACGAACAUUUGCACAAUACGGGACGAUACAUGACAAGCGCCAGAAGUUCAGUUGACAACGGUGGCGAUGUGACAGAUUGUUACGACGUUCCACCUCGAGCAAUUCCUGUAAUUCCUUCCCCAGCAAGUAGUCCAAGUCCUGCACCAUCUUGCUAUGAUAUUCCAAGGCCACCGACAUCUUGUACUCCAAAUUCUAAUUGUUCUGGUGGCUCUGGCAUCACGCCUUUAGAUUGUUACGACGUACCAAGACCAUUGCAACCAUUAACACCGAGUAGUUCGGCAUCCAGUUUAACCAACGAUGGAUCGCUCAGUGGAUCCAAUAGGUCGAGUCUCGCCGCUCCAGACUAUGACGUGCCACGGCCACGUCUUCCAGCAUCGUCGUUACCAUCGCGGCACAACACACCGAUCCCUAAAACGCCAACGCCACCGCCACCUCCGAUGCAAACGCAGCAAAUUUACGACGUACCGAUGAACAAGGAACUUCCAUUGGAAUUAGACGCAGCAUUGGAAGGUCUUCAGAGGUUGCAAAGCGAAGCUUCCUCAGCGAUAGCAAGGUUAUUGGGUUUUGUUAGUCCAGGUUGGAGAACGCCUCAACGAUUGGAUGCCACAUUGAUGGAUUUGAGGCUAGCAGCUUUGAGAUUGAGAACAUCUUUACAUGAUCUCGCUGAAUUUGCCGAAGGUACCCUCGGUAACGCGGCAAAAGCGCCUGACAAGGGGCUAGCAACGAAAUUACGACCACUGGUUAAGGCACUUCGUGACUCCGACAAACUCGUGCAGGAAGCCGCCACCGAAUUGGAUACGAUGGAAUGGGACGCGGGUAAACUCUGUCGCGGUGGUGGUGACACGCCGACACCUACGAAUGGGCCACCACCACCUUCUCUUUUGCCAACGGUUCAACCGGAUCCACUCGAUCAGCUGAUCGCGUGCGCACGAGCACUCACGGAAGACGUUCGUCAGGUUGCCAGUUUCAUUCAGGGAAACUCCACGUUAUUGUUCAAACGAUCCUCUAUCAUCUCAACGGGCAGCAGCAACAACAGCGGUGCUGGGGAAGACUACGAUUACGUUAAUCUCGAUUCGAGAGAGGUCGUGGCAAAACAACGGGAAGAAUUGAGGGCAUCUUUACCGCAAGAACUUCGUAGCAGUUACGAUUUACUCGUAUCCGAGGCGGACAAUGCGGCCAUUCAAAUGCCACCCACGACACCGACGCCCAUGGAUCCCAACGACAAACAAUUGUUGGCAUUCUACGCUGCUCAGGUGAUCACGCACGGUGCACACCUCACUCACGCCAUUGACGCCUUCUUGCAAACGGUUGAACAUAAUCAACCACCCAAGGUAUUUCUGGCUCAUGGCAAAUUCGUCGUCCUUAGUGCUCAUCGGCUCGUUCACAUAGGUGACACAGUACACAGGAAUGUUACAAGAAACGACGUUAGAACGCGAGUACUUCAAUGUGCGAAUGCUUUGAACGAAGCUCUAGCACAAACCGUAUCAAAAACGAAACAGGCGGCACAAUUCUUUCCUAGCGUGACUGCUGUUCAAGAGAUGGUCGAUAGCGUAGUUGACGUUUCUCACUUGGCCAAAGAUCUCAAAGUUGCCAUGAUACAUGCUGCACAGCAGCCAUGAAUUUAUUCUUCUUUCCAAAAUGAAUAAUUGGAUAAUGAAAGCAAAAAAAUCAAUGUCUUCUAACACAACAUUUUGUAGUAACUCGAAGAUAUUUGGAAGGAUGUCAAAUGUUUUCCUAGGAUAGUAACUAUUCUGAAUUUUGACGAUUAAACAAGAAUAAGAUUAUAAUCAUCCUUGAGACGUGUCCUUUUUCGAAUGAACAGAUAAUAAUGAUGAAGAAAAUAUUCUCAAAACUUGAACGUGUCUCCCUUUGUUCUCUUUUCAAAGAUAAGAACAAAAUCUUUUUAGGCCUAUGAUUUACAGGUUUAGCACAGUAGGAUUGGAAGGGAGACUAAUUAAAAAAAAGAAAAAGAAACCAAAAAAAAAAUACCAACAAAAAAUUACAAAAAAAAAAAAGAAAAAAAAAGGAAUUUAUAUAAAUGUAUUUGAGAAUUAAAAGUAUUGUUAGGUAUUUUCUAGAGAAAACGUAAACGUGUCAUUCAUUUUUCGAGUAGAUGCGAAAUCCGUACGUCGAUUUAAUCAAAAUUUUCUCUUUCCGUGCUAAUAACGAAAGAGAGAGAAAGAGAAAGAGAAAGAGAAAGAGAAAGAGAGAGAGAGCUGCGUCCGGAACCAAUUGUAAUUUGCUAAAAAUGAUUACCUGCCAUAUUAAUAUCGAAACAACAACUGCCUUUGAACAUUUCUGAAACAAUUUUGAUGAACGACAAAACAAAUUUACACGAGUUAUAAUAAUAUUAAUAGUAAUAAGAAUA